AUGCAUUCCAACAACACUCAGGUUCAGGUUCAAAUCCCUGCCUAUUAUUCCCUCGGAUCCGUCGCCAUCGAGGGUGACCUCGGCUUUAGCGGUGGCGGAAGCACAUCCUUCGAACACAGCCAGAGCGCCCACAGUGCCGCCAGCGCCACCACCACCCUCCACCCCUACAACUUCCCCAGCAACUCUGUCACAAGCCAGUUCCACCCCCAAUCUCAUCACCACCACCAUCACGUUGCCGCUCAACAACAACAACAACAACAACAGCAACAAACCCCGGCCUACUCUCAGUCCUAUACCUCUCCUCAGCACUCAAGCAACAACAACGGCAGCAACAGUGCGUCUUCAAGCCACGGAUACCAGACUGAUCUGCAAAAGCCCCUCGUCCAGCACCACGUCAACAUUGAUCAAUCCCCUCACCAGGCCCUCGACGAGAACUUGAUGACCCCCCUCAUCAACCGUCAGCUCAACAACCAGCACUCUAGCAACUACCACGCCCCCUACAACUACCACAACCACCACCACAACAACCACAGCUCAUCCAAGCAGCAACAGCAACAGCUUCGCUCACCUACAUCGACACCUGCACCCACAACUGCUUCGACCUUGACCACCGUCUCCUCGGCCUCCACACCCUCGCUCUCUUCCCCUUCAACAUUGCAAAACAGCCAGGAUUAUUCAUAUACAGCUGAUAGCAACAACCGUCAGACCUCGCCCAUCUCGACUGCUUCCCCCGCUUCAUCGACUGCCACCUCGAACUCGUUCCACAUUCCAGCAUCUCCCGACCAAUUGACCAUUGGCCACGCCGGACUGACCCAGGCCAUGUCCACAUGGACACCCAGCAAUGGCUCAAUGAACCAACAGCAAGAGUCGACCCAGUCUGGCUCUUCCUCUGCUGCUGCACGCGAGUACGUCUCGCUUGGAUACAACGAUUCUCCCAAGUCGGCUCGAUCGCCCUACCACCCCCAGCAGCAAGGUUCACCACUAUAUAGCCAACAAGACCAGCAACAGCAGGCAUGGGUUGCCAGCAUGUCUGCCGAUGACUUUUCGCAACAAGAGAUCCUUGACCAGGACAGACAGCAGCAGCCUCACCAGCACCACCAGCGCCAGUACUCUCAGUCCAACAGAAACUCCUAUGGCCAGCAGAACCAGCAGCCCUCUGUUGCAACUCAGCAGACCAGCUUGACCCCUGCAGGUGGUCUUCCUCUUCUGUCGCCCUCGAACAUGCUCUCCUCGCCCGACUACCAGUCUUCGUCCUACUCGAUGAACAUGCACGAUGCUCCUACCAUCAUGUCUCACCUUGACUACAACCGCGUCACUCCCUCUAUUCCUUCCCUGUCCUCAGCUGCUGGCAGCAACAACAACAAUGCCAGCUCGCGCUAUGGUCCCAUGAGAGCGACUCACCCCAAGAGCCGCCCUCCAUCUGUCAGCUCCAUGCGCGACCUUGGCAACAGGACAAGAACCAACUCGGUCAACUCGACCUCGUCUAUCUCCUCCAGCGGUGUCCUGACCUCCUUGGCCACCACCUUGGGCUCUGCCACCAUUGGAGGCGGUUCUGAGCUCGCUACCACACCCGAGGAGUACUCCCGCCAGCUGUUUGACGACGAGGAGGAAGAUUCAGAUUCGCCCACCACCAUCCAGAUGCGCCCUCGUUGCAACACGGUGCCAAGAAAGGCAAUCGCUGCCCGCGUCUUUGAAUGCUCUGUUCCCGGAUGCACCAAGGCCUACACCCAGCUCCACAAUUUGAAGUCGCACGAGCGCACCGGCCACACUCCCAUCAUCAAGUUGAAGCCUUUCCACUGCAUCAUCGAGGGAUGCUCCAAGGCCUUCUCCCAGCGCAAGUCCCUGGCCACUCACAUUAAGACUGCCCACGUCGACUUUAAGUUCAAGCCCUUUAAGUGCUCCCAAGAUGGCUGCACCAAAGCCUACACCCAGUUGCAUAACCUCCGCACCCAUGAGAAAACCGUGCAUAUGGUUGACCUGUCCCGGAAGCGCAUCAAAAACCCCAUGAUGGGUGGCAGUGGUUUGCCUUUUGAUCCCAAGAGCAGCCAUGGGCAUGGUCAGAUGGACUAUCACCACAGCCCUCAGCACUCCGGUUUGGGCUUGAACUACGACGACUUUAACGGAUUGACUGGUCUGGGUAUGCGCAUGGAUAACCAGCACCCUUACCAGCGUCCUCACCAGCCUCAGCAACCUCAGCAUCAUCAACACCACCAGCAACAGCAACAGCAUCACCAGAACUCCUAUGCUCGUCUGCCUCACUUCAACUCCAUGUCAGCCUUCCAUGACCGGUCCUAA